GUAGGGCCGAAAGGUGCCUGGCCUAUAAGACUGUAAGCCAACACAGUACGGGACGGGACCUGGCACGCCGGCAGCCCAUAUCCCGGGUCUUUUUCACCUUACACAGUCCCAGUUGAGACUACGAGGGGCGCUUUGGGGGCCGACGGAUCCUUGUCGUAAUAUUCCUUAGACUAGCUAGGUAUAUACUCAUAGGCAGCUAUAUGUAUAGGUUAGGUAGUGAUAUGCAACGCCAUGUUACGCCAGGAGUGCCGCAGGAUCGUGCGCCUGGCCCUGCAGCAAGCCCGGGCAGAGGAGUGGAAACCGGUAGGUAAAAGUGGCCAGCUUACUCUGAAUAGCCCGCGAUGGCUAUGCUGCCUUGUACGCGUACAUACAUACAUACACGUGUAUCUCGCUCCGCCUCUUGGGAUUCGAUAGUGCUACGAGGCAUCCGAUGUAGGGACGGCACGCAAAAUACCUAACAGAAACGGGCCACACGCAUCCUUCCCCUGGAGAGCGAACCGGUAUGUCACAAGUAGGCCACCUAUCGGACGGUGCCGGCGCAUCUGUGAGUUGUAUUAGUACGGCGACCUGGGACCUGUAACGCCGCGGCCUGCCGCUUGGCCUCGCUAUAGCGUGCUUCUCGGCGAAGUUGGACGGUUCGCGAGUCGUCCCGGCUCUUAAUUAAAACCGUGCAUCCUCUCUCUAUCACUCGCACACGCUCUCUCAUUGGCUUUAUUCCCGAGCGGUACAGCGCCAUCGCGAACAUGGUGUUGUUCAGUCCGAGCCCGCGCGCCCUCCUCACAUCGCUCGGCUGCUUCUACGCCCUGGCGGGCGUCGUGACCGCAGCCUCCCCGAGUGCCACUCAGAAGGCAUGUCAGCGGCUAGAGGCCCUUCUUGGCGAUUACUUCGUGACCACUAUCGAUGAGGGCGAUUACGAAGCCCGCAGGACCAAGAACUGGGUCCAGACUGCGUGGGGGAAUCCCGUCUGUAUUCUCCACCCGACGCGCGUAGAACAGCUCCAGGUGGCCGUCUCCCUAUUGGCCAAUUCGAGCGUGAGCUUCGCGGUGCGGUCCGGGGGACACGAGCCGCACCGCGGCUUCGCCAACAUCGACAAUGGGGUCUUGAUCGACAUGUCCGGCUUCACCCGGCUGGAGUACGAUGCCGGACGCGGGGUCGCCGUCGUGGGGACGGGCCUGACCUGGGGCGAAGUGUACGGCCAGCUCGAGCCGCACGGGGUCGUCGUCGUGGGAGGGAGGGUGCCGGACGUCGGCGUCGGCGGCCUGAUCCUAGGGAGUAAGUUCCUCGUCGCCGGGGUUGUCACCGCCGAUGGCUCGCUCGUGAGCGCCAACGCCAAGCAGAACGCAGAUUUGUUCUGGGCGCUGAAGGGCGGGACGAACAAUUUUGGUAUCGUUACCGAGUUUACUCUCACGGCCUACCCCCUGAACCAGGUUUGGGGCGGUGUCAAGACUUACACACUUGACCAGCUGCCUCAGGUCCUGGACGCCUACUACGAGUACCAGUCCGCUAACGACAAAGACCCGUACGCAAACUUGAUCGUCGGAUUUUCUCCCACGAAUGCCAGCAUAGGAGCGCUGGUCUCGAUGGUGUAUCUGAAGCCUGAGGAAAAGCCUGCCGCGUUCGCAUCGUUCUACCCUAUCAACACCACCUCAGAUAGCACCGGCAUAAAAUCGUUCUCGCAAUAUCUUGCGGAGUACGGUAUUCCGGUAGUACCACGGUUCGACUGGCAUUCGGCGAGCUUCCGACUAGACAAGUCGCUGUACGACGAAAUUGGGAGCAUCGUCACGUCCUCCUCGUCGGUGGAGGUCGUCAAGCAGAUAACCGCAGGGUUCAUGGCCGUUACUCUGCAACCGGUUUCGUCUCGAGCGGUCGAGAUCGGGAGAAGUAACAACGGCGGCAACGCGCUAGGUCUCGAGGCCGUGAACCAGACUUGGCUUGCCGUCGCCGCCGGGUGGUGGUUCCCAGACGACGACAAGACCGUGCACGACGCCGGUGGAGCCGUCAUAGAGCAGCUCGUCGAGGCGGCGGCGGCCAAGCGAGACCACCUCUCUUACCUCUUCAUGAACGAUGCGAGCUGGGACCAGGACGUCAUCGCUAGCUAUGGCGAGGCGAACAAUCUCAAGCUCAGGCAGGUACAGCGUAAGUACGAUCCCAAGCUCGUCUUCCAGCGCUUAGUGCCAGGAGGAUUUAAGAUACGGUAAGGCGCGAAGAUGAGUUAGUCAUCUUGGUGGGAGAGGGAGGUUGAAGAAUAAGGGUGAGAUGAAUAGAAGAAGCCUUCAACGUGUAGGUAGGUAAUACCUAUAGGACCCCGACUAGUAAUAAUCCCAACACGUCUCUCUAUAUAGGCAAUUUGACGUGCCCGAUAUUGGGCUGCUGCGUCUGUAGAAAUGCACAUUUCUCGUAGGUAAUUGAGAUCCUUCUUCCCCCUUGGUCCGUCAGAGCCAAGAUCGAGAACCUGCGCCACUCCCUCCACAACGUCUCACCAGCGGGGAAGAAGAGAGAAGACC